AAAGAAGAUAAAAGAAGACCAACUGUAAAAGGAGGAAAGUAGAGGAGAGUGAGGGAACACCCUUUUUAUCGUACGCCGCGUGACACCCGAUCCCAAUCUCACUCUCUUUGUCAUCCAACGGACUUCGCGUGUAUCUGAAAGGAAACCCCAUUCGCUCUGUGUCUCUCUGCUUAAAGGGACGAAGAGAGAGAGAGCAAGGCAGAGGUGAUUAUUCUGUGAUGGAAAGGUAUUCGUUCUCAGACAACCAGAACCUAUUCUUAUCAUCUUAAAAAGCGAUCAAUGUCGCUUCUUUAAUCUCUCGUUUUCACUUCCUCUUUUUCUUUUUCUUUUUUCUAUUGUUUUCAUUUGAUCCGUCCUGCAUUUCGUUUUCUUUGUUUCUCCUCCGCAUUUUCCCAACAAAACUUUCUCAUGAAAUUGCGGGAGACUUGCAUUUUCUAAGCAAGCAGCAUCAAGUUUCUUCUUCAUUUUUCUUUUCAAAAACAUAAAUAAAUAAUUUGAAUGUGGAUUGAUAUGAUUUCCAUACCUUUUGGAUAUUCAAAUUCGGUCAUGAGGAUUUGCAAAUAUACAAAAAGCUGACAAAUUUUUUCGAUUGCUUGAUUUCAUUUGAUGCUUCUACAGUCGUGAAUUUGUCGAUAUAUCAGAUUAAUCGUUAAGAAUGAGUUGGAACCCAAACAUGGAAGUUCAUUACGUUAACAGUAGUUAUCCGUAUAAUUCAGCUGGUAGCUUUAUGGAGUAUUUUGAAGGUCUUACCUAUGAACAUGUGAAUUUUAUUUUUUCUGGUGCUUCACAUGCUCAGGAGAGUAUCUACCCAUCUCCAAGUACUAGUUUUUACAAAUUUGGGUUAUCUGAACCUGGGAGCGGUUUUUAUUAUGGUGUUGGCAAUGCUUAUGAGGUUCAUGAUUACGACCAUAGAAAUGAUGAAUAUAGGAGGCCCUCAGAGAACUCUUCAACAGUGACCAAUGAACACACUGCAGCAGCAAAUUCAGGGUGGGAAGGAAAUACCAAUGUGAACAGACGUGACAAUCCUGUAGAAUGUCCGCGAAGACAUCCCGGUUCUCAUGACUAUCAGAAAAUAAUGCAGGUUGUUUGGCAAGACAACAUUGAUCCUGAUAACAUGACUUACGAGGAAUUACUCGAGUUAGGUGAGGUGGUCGGAACUCAAAAUCGAGGUCUUUCACUAGAACAAAUUGCUUUACUUCCAGUCUCAAAAUACAAAUGCAGCUUCUUCUCAAGAAAGAAAUCACGAGACGAGAGAUGUGUGAUUUGUCAGAUGGAAUAUAAACGAGGUAAUCGACGGAUGACUCUACCAUGCAAGCAUGUCUACCAUGCUAGUUGCGGCACCAGAUGGCUAAGCAUUAACAAGGCUUGCCCCAUUUGUUACAAAGAGGUAUUUGGUGAUGGAUCAAAACACUAGAGGAGAUUCAAACAAGAGAUUGUUUGUUUCUCUACACUUUAACUUUGGGUAUCUUUUUUCAAUAUAACAACGAUGUUUGCCUUUUCCAUUUUUUUUUCUCUUAUCAAUUUUUUCUUUUGGGUUUAUUUUAGUUUUCCACGUCCAUUAGAAGCAUUGUAUUAGCUUUUAUAAUAAAUACGUAAUUGCUGAGUUGCAAGUAGGAGUGCGCUUUUUUUUUUA